AUGGCUUCUAAACAACAACUCCGCACAACGGUCACUGAUCUUCUUAAGAUCAAUCAUCCUAUCAUCCUCGCUGGAAUGAACGUUGCUGCCGGACCUAAACUCGCAGCUGCUGUAACAAAUGCCGGUGGUCUCGGUGUUCUAGGAGGUAUCGGAUACACUCCAGAUAUGUUGAGAGAGCAAAUCGCGGAACUCAAGUCAUUUUUGGACGAUCAAAACGCUCCCUUUGGUGUUGAUCUCUUACUCCCACAAGUUGGAGGAUCUGCGAGAAAGACAAACUACGAUUAUACCAAAGGAAAAUUAGACGAGCUCAUUACCAUUAUCAUCGAGAGCGGUGCCAAACUCUUUGUUUCCGCCGUCGGUGUACCACCAAAACAUGUCGUUGAACGGCUACACAAAGCUGGUAUUCUUUAUGCCAACAUGAUCGGACAUCCAAAACAUGUUAAGAAAUGCCUCGACCUCGGUGUUGAUAUUAUUUGCGCACAAGGUGGAGAGGGUGGUGGACACACCGGAGACGUUCCUACAACUGUCUUGAUCCCAGCAGUUGUCGACCUCUGCAAGGGAAAGACCAGUCCAAUGACUGGAAAGCCUGUUCAAGUUGUCGCCGCAGGAGGUAUUUUCAACGGGGCAACUGUUGCCGCAGCUUUAAUGUUGGGCGCAAGUGCCGUGUGGGUUGGUACCAGAUUCAUAUUGACCGAUGAGGCCGGUGCACCAAAGGCUCACCAAGAGGCUGUGAGAACCGCUGGUCAUGAUGACAAUGUUCGAACUAUCAUCUUCACUGGUAGACCAUUACGGGUACGAACCAACAGUUAUAUUCAGAACUGGGAAGAGAACCGUGCUGCCGAGAUCAAGGAACUCACAUCCAAGGGUGUGAUUCCAGUUGAACAUGAUUUCGAGACUCUCGGUGAUGAUAUUGAUGAUGAGACUAUGGAUAACGCACGACCUUUCUUGAUGGGUAAAGCGGCUGCUGUUGUCAAUGAGAAGAAGAGUGCCAAGGCCGUUGUUGAUGAAUUGGUUAGCGAUGCUGUAGCAUGCAUUCACAAGGGGGAGAAAUUGACAGCGAAGUUGUAA